AUGGCACCGAGCACAGCCCCGACUGGAGGAAAAUAUCUCUACCCAAGCGAAACCUCCCGCCACGCAGCUACCAUCCUUGGAUUCCCAUCCAUAUACUCCAUCGCCUCAGAAUAUUAUGAGAGCGUAUGUUUCGAAAUCGCCAGUCUAGCAUGCACAAUAUCCGAGUUCGAGCCAGUGCGGUUAUAUACGCGGCCCGAGGAUCUGUCCAAGGCACAAUCCAAAGUCAACGAAGCUAGUGCGAAAUACCCCUGCAAAGCAUCAAACAUAUCAAUCAUCCCAUUCCUCACGAACCACCUCUGGGCUCGAGACACGGGCCCCGUCUAUGUGCGUGGAACCGAGGAAGAGACCCGUCUCCGCCGGUAUGCAAUCAACUUCCGCUUCAGUGAAUGGGGAAGAAAAGCCGACCUGGGCGAUGACGACCGCGCCGCUGAUGGCCUUGUGUGGCCCGUUAUGGAGCCCGAGCAAUUUCAAGAGAACGCAACUUUUGCCAGCAGGGUUAUCGAGUCGGAUGUCUAUCCAUCUCCAGUGACUCUGGUUGAAUCACGGAUCUGCCUUGAAGGCGGUUCGCUCGUCGCGGAUGGUGAAGGAACACUCCUAGCCACCGAAAGCAGCAUCCUCAACGAAAACCGUAACCCGGGUCUCUCGCGCGCUGAGAUCGAGACAGAACUGCGCCGUUUACUCGGCGUUGAAAAGAUCAUCUGGUUCCCAGGCAGAAAGGGCCUCGACGUCACAGACGUGCACGCCGACGCAGAAGUCACCUUCAUUCGACCCGGAGUUAUUGUCCUCUCUCGACCUCAUCCGAGUGCGCCAAAGCCAUGGCAAGAGGUUUAUGAAGAGAUCCGGAAUAUUCUGAACAAAGAAGUCGAUGCGAAGGGUCGGCGGUUUGAAGUUUACACUGUGGAUGAACCGGAUCCGAAGGCUCUUGGAGAGUUGACAUAUGAUGAGCCGGCGACGAAUUAUGUUAACUGUUAUUUUGUUAAUGGCGGUCUUAUCCUUCCGCAGUUUGGGGAUGAGCGGCGGGAUAAGAAUGCGCUGGACACUUUCCAGAUGCUUUGUCCUGAUCGUGUGGUGAGGCCGGUUCUUGUUCAUGGGUUGCCAUUGGCUGGGGGUGUUAUCCAUUGCUCUACGCAGCAGGUGCUUUCUGUUGAUGAGGAAUGA